AUGGAAGCCGUCAUAAAGGUGAUUUCUCAUGCAUGCAAAAAUUAUUGCGGAAAAAAUGUUCCUUCUAAGAAGGAGAUAUCAGCGACACUUAUGUUGCUGGAGAAGGAGGGAUUACUAUCAUCCCCUUCUGAUUUAUAUGAUCCUAAUAAUUGGGAUUCGUUUACUGCCGCGCUCUCACAGAGGGCAAUGAUUACUCAGAAACCAGCAGAGUUUUUGGUAUGGGGAUUGAUUUUAACAGCUCUUAAGAAAGCAAAAGAGGAGAAGGUUGCAGGUGACCGUGCUAGGGAGCUGCUGGGGCUCGGGCCAGGGGGGGGUCUUGUCUCCCCUACAGAUUCGCCAGAGGGCAAGAUGGCGCUGACUCCUUCGGCCCCACCAGAAACAGCGACCCUGGAGAUAAAGAAGAACGAAGUGAAGCAGGAGCAACCAUCCCAUAAAAGGGAGGACCCACCUCCAUACCCGGCUCGCAGCAUAUAUCCUUCGCUUAAGCCCUAUAAAGAUAACGGGGAAGGGGGGUCGGUGGAGGAAUGUAGUAUAACUUCUAGCACAGUUGAUAAGAGGGUCCUUGAGAAGGGAGAGAUGUCUGGAGGGGCUGGGAUACAACUUGUGGAAUGCGACAGUGGGGGCGGGACUCACCCACUGCCUGAUUCUGCCUGCAACGGUGGCCACCCCCCGAGGGGCGUGGAUUGUCCUUGCUGUGGGGGGAGCGUUCCGACGGGGAUGGCCCCGGGGUCCGUUCAGGAGGGGCAUGGUCCCAUAUCGACAGCUUCAUGGGGCCCGCCUACCCUCACUGAUUGGGCUCGAGUGAGGGAGGACAUACAGUCCGCAGAUCCAGCAGGUGUCGCUCGCGCUCUGCCGGUGGUGGUAAGACCAGAGGGUCCAGCUUGGGUUCCUCUGGAUUCCAAAGCGGUUACUCGUCUUUCGGAAUUAGUUAAGAGCAAAGGCCUGCGUUCCCCUGUUACUAUGGCAGCGGUGGAAGCUCUUAUGGCUUCUAAUCUUUUGCCAUAUGAUGCGGUGAACCUUAUGCAUGUUAUUCUUGAGCCCGUACAAUACACCCUAUGGCAUGAUGAAUGGGAUAGACUACUUCAAGCUGUGGUGGCUGCUGCCAAUCGGGACCCCCACCAUCCAGCCAAUGGCCAGCGCAGAGGCGAGAGAACUACUCUUGUACGUCUUCAAGGCCGGGCAGAUGGAAUGGUGGGAUCCCCGGAGGGCCAAGCAGCAAUGCUCAGACCAGGAGAGCUGGCAGCUGUUACAACGGCAGCCCUCCAAGCCCUGCGAGAAGUGGCUAAGGUUGCGGAACCUGUGCAUCCGUGGGCAGACAUAAAGCAGAGCCACUCUGAGUCAUUUUCUGAUUUUGCGAAUCGCCUAAUUCGUGCAGUGGAGGGAUCUGAUCUCCCAAGGGAGGUCCAAUCCGCAGUCAUAAUAGAAUGUCUUAAGCAGAAAUCGUUGCCAGACAUCCAGCAAAUUAUCAGAGCAGCACCGGGUAACCUAACUACCCCGGGGGAGCUUAUUAAAUAUGUCUUAGAUCAUCAGAAAGUUGCACCAUUAACUAAUGAGGGACUAGCAGCCGCCAUGCAGGAAAUGAUAGAUGCCAAUCGGGUCAGGGAAGGAAGGAAUAAAGGCCCGUGUUUUAAGUGUGGGCAGCGUGGCCAUUUCAAAGCACAGUGCCCUAAGAAGAUCGGGCAAGGAUCAGACAAACGGUGCCAAUUAUGUGGCGGAGCCGGACAUGUCGCACGUCAGUGUAAAAAAUUUAGAAUCCCACUGCAGGGAAACGGGAGAGGGAGGGAGCCAAUGGCCCAGGACUCCUUCCCGUCAUUCCUAGGUGGGCCAAAAGCACGACGCCCGCAGUGGCAUUAACUAUGGAUUUAGAAGAACGACC